AUGACCGCGGUAGAUGAGCUCUCGGACAGUACGGAGGUGGUGGAGAUGGAGGACGUGCCCUCCCAGUUCUUUGUGGAGAAGCACUCGUGGGAUGGCCUGCGGAACAUCAUCCAUAGCAGCCGCAAGUACUCGGGCAUGGUCAUCAACAAGGCCCCGCAUGACUUCCAGUUUGUCCCGAGGCAGGACGAGUCAGGACCAUACUCCCAUCGACUCUACUACCUCGGUGAGGUCACACCCUCACUGGAAAUUCCAUUAUGUAUUUUGCGGAGUCGUCACAAUUUCUGUCAACAAACAGCACCGCAAUGGUGACAGUACAGUGUAUAAUAAUUAACUCAUGUGAAUAGGGGUGGGAAAUUGAGGAAUCUGAUGUAUAUUUGAUCUCUUCACUUGUGUUUGAUUCCCUCUGCACCAUUAACAUUAGAAGGUAGGCUAUAGGGAACGUUACAUUGGAAAGAAACCCCUUAGGAACAACCUCAGAACAACCAAUCUGAGACAAUAUCCUUGAACUUUGUGGUUACGCAGAUAAAGAAUAUAUUUGCAUUGCUAAGUCUGUUUAACUCAACCCGUUUCUUCUGCUCCAUGUUCAUUUAGGAAUGCCCUAUGGAAGUAGGGAAAACUCAUUACUUUACUCAGAGAUUCCCAAGAAAAUUCGGAAAGAGGCCCUUCUGGUGUUGUCGUGGAAACAGAUGCUAGAUCACUUUCAGGUAAAGGCCCCUCAGCCCCUUCCUCUGGGCUCCCUUUUGCCACUUGUUGAAUUUCUGGGAAAUCUAAACAUAAAUGCUGUUCACCGCAGGAAAUUCUUCACACAUUCACAAGGCAUUUCUGCGUGCAUGUCCUCAUCCACAGCACUGAUGUGUAAUAUGUAGAGGAGAACAUACAUGGGUCAGCUCAGUUGGCACCCAAUGGAAUACUCCUGUACUUCCACCCUUUGGGAGCGCCUCUGUUUGUCUAUGCUCUGUAGAUGACAUAGCCAUCAAUACUAUGCCCCCCCAAAAUACAUUUUGAUAAUUAACGUCCCCUUUAAACACGAGUGGCAAAACGAAGGUACCACUAUCGUUGCCCAGAAAACAGCAUGUUGGCUAAAGCCAAAACACGCUGGUGUGCAUGCUAAGCUAUCGCUGUCUCACUGUCUGCUACGCAUCUUUCCUGACUGUCAGGCCACCCCACAUCAUGGGGUGUACUCCCGGGAGGAGGAGCUGCUGAGGGAGAGGAAGCGUCUGGGGGUCUUUGGGAUCACAUCGUAUGAUUAUCACGCCGAGAGCGGCCUUUUCCUCUUCCAGGCCAGCAACAGCCUGUUCUACUGCCGGGACGGAGGCUAUAAUGGCUUCAUUGUGAGUAUUAUUUACAGGACACAGCCCAGGCCUUCCUGUUAAGGUUAGGAUCAUACUGCUGUUAGCCCAAUACAGUUAUGUUGGCAUCUUGGUUAUUUAGGUGGUCAUGCUAGCAAAGUCCUUCAAAUAUAUGUAGGGUAGUCAGAACUGUACAAAGUGCUCUGUGGAUUUUUAAAGGAAAGAAUUGUUCUAAGUGCUCUGUACAUUGCUAAGGUGAAGUAUGCGAAGUGCCCUAUACACUUCUAAAGUUAAGAAGUGUACCAAGUGGUCACCUACAAGUGUUUGUGAUAGAAAAUGCUUUGACAUGUAGGCACUCUGGUAACCAACCUGUCUGUAGCAUGUUAAGUUCUCAUCCCUAAAAGUCUGUGUGAUGUUUAGCAGGCGUCCCCCAUGAAGCCUGUAGAGAUUAAGACCCAAUGCUCAGGCACUCGAAUGGACCCCAAGAUCUCCCCAGGCGACCCCACCUUCAUGUCCUUCAUCAACAGCAACGACCUGUGGGUGGCCAGCAUCGAGACUGGGGAGGAGCGGAGACUCACCUACUGCCAUAAAGGUUGGCACAAAUGAUGUAUAGCAGUGGUCACCAACCUUUUCUGAAUCAAGAUCCCUUUCUGAGUCAAAAUUCAAGCCGAGAUCUACGUCUCAUAUUUUUCUUUAAACAUGACUUUAAAAAACGUAAAACCGUUCUGUGGCAAUGAGGAUUGUGCAGUAGACUAUAGACCCAAUACAUUAUCACAUUACACUUGAAUUGGCCUGCCAAUGUUGUUCUUCUCAGACCAUUUAGAAAUGAUAUUAAAACAUUUUAUGUAUAUGAUCACACUGAUAAUAGAUAAUUUGUUGUAUUACUUGUGAGCAUAAUAAUAAUCUUUAAAACAUUUUUUACUGGACUGAUGGCCUACAUCUGAUGGCCAGUCUGAGGGGAGGGAGGCUAGUGAUGGGCAUUCCGAGUCUUUUUGGUGAGCCGGCUCAUUUGCCUCCCAAACGACUCUUCAUUCAAAAUGCUUAAAAAUCGACCUAGAGCCAGGGGGCCAGAAAGUGAAAUGCGUGUUAAAAUACAUUUUUAGCUGGCCAAAUUAUUAGAUUGCCUGCAAAAAAAGUUGUUUUUAUUUCACUCUAAAAUAAAACAAAUGUUUUUCUGGGCUAAUAAUCACUGUUUGCAAAAAAUACCUUUCAAUGCAUGGCUAAGCACGUAUAGCGUAGAGUAGGCCUAAGCUAUAUCAGAUAGCCUACCUACCUUUCUUUGUACAGAUUUUUUGGGGGCUUUUUAUAAACAAAUUUCCUGCAAUUCUACUACACUUUAUAUGACUGGAGGCAUUGGCAGAAUCUUUUUGAAUACGACAAAUUACGAGUAGCCUACUUUGCUGACACUGACAAACAUUUCAAUAAAAAUUACAUCCAUAUAAAUAGGCCUACAUAAGGGGAGACACAAAUAGAAUAUAAGGUCCAGCUAAACUGGAGUAGGAAAUUAUUGUCCAAAAACAAAAUUUUAGUGGCACUGACCCAACAAUGAUAAAGACUGAAUAUGCGCAGUGCAUACUCAUCGGGGAUAUGGCCGAUGCUCUCCACUGGUACCAAUAUGAGGCUAUACUGUUGUUCCCUCAAUUAAGUUGAGAAUUUUGAUAACUAAAAGACAUUAGUCUUUUCAAUGCCUUCUCUUUACAGCAAUAGCCAUUUGCUUUGCAAAACUAUGUAUUCCCGUGAUUGUAUUUUGAAAUAUUGCGAUAUGCUUGGCUGUGCCUCUACUUUUCACUGACCGUCGCAACUCAACAAUCAUCUGCCCAUAUUGUGCGUGCUGCCUUUCCUUCUGACUGUAGACAAUGCGAUGUAAAACAAUCCACAACUUUGUUUUUUUAAAGAAGCUAAUGAUCCUCUGUGGCCAAAUCAUGCUUUAGUAGUCUAUUUUUAAUGAUUUUAUUUAUUUCUGUAAAGACAGGAGUAGGCUAAUUGAGCGAUAUAAUUUUGGCAAUUCAAUUUAUUUAGAGAAAGCUUAGCUUCCCCUAGCCUGAUGGACGCGCUGCUUAUGCACGGGAUUAUAGACGUGUGUCUCUCCUCUAAAUAAACAAAUGAAAUUGGGCCUAGGCUACAAUGGAGCACAGUCAAGCAGAACAUUUAUAUGUUUGUGUUUCAUAAUUAUCACAGUUAAAAUCGGAGAGCAACAUCUAUCCGGUAAAGUCCACACAGCAUAUUAUUACAGUUGCUGUAAUUACUUCGCAAAGAAAACAAGAGCGCGGGCCUGUGCGACCUCCGCCAUUUCAGCACCACCAGCUGGCUGGACAGCCUCUCCAGCAGUCUCCAGCGAACGAGCAUAAGGCCUUAUGCCGUGCAUGAAUUUAUUACAAAAAGUAUCAUCAUAGCUUACCUUAAUGAUUUCUUCCUCAUUUUCCAAGCAGCAAAAUCUGCUACUAUGUCCUUGAAAUCAAGUGUCCUGAGUAGAUCAUUCUCAAGAGCCGUAAGAUUCAAAUGGUUGUCUUUCCUGUCCCAUCGUUGAUCUGUCUGUUUUUGACAAUAGCCAGCUUUGAAAAGGACCGCUCCCCUGAUGCAUUGGUAACGAGUAAAGUCAAGAAUAUUCGCAAGGCAAUAUCAACAGUGGGAAAGACUGCUUGUAGAUUCCUCUGUCUCAACAUGUGAAGCAAUUCUCCCACUUUUGAUACAUUCUUUAAACUGGACGAUUUCAUCUGGAAAAUCAUGUUGCAAGUCAGAUUGAUAUUUACUUUGACGGUUGAGUGCAGAUGAGUGUAGGUCUUAUGAGGAACGUGAAGGUAUAUUGUUGAAAAAUCCAAAGCAGUUGUUUAGCUCUUUGUAUGACUCAUACCUCCUAUCCAACUCGGCAAUAAGUGUGUCAAUCACAACGGUGAACACACCAACAGCACAUUUCUGCUGACCUGUCAUUGAUGAAUGACAGUCAGGCUCUGCCUCUGACGAAUUAUCAGGUGUUUUUGCCGUCUUCUCAGUCGUGUUAGGUUAGUAAAGCGUUAAAACACUUGGUGACAUGUCCUUUCCUUUUGCCUCAAUGCUAUCGAACUGAUCUCGGAGCCCAGCCACAAUCUCUGAAGGAGGCCAUCAAAUGAAUAGAGUUAGACAGGUCCAGUUGGACUACCUUAAGUGCAGUGCUUGUAUUCUGAAAACGUUGGAGUAUUGUGUUCCACAAGUUACAGAGAAAAGCAAUCUCAAGUUUGUCCAUUUGGGUAUAGAGCGUUAGAGCUUUGUUACGCAUGGCCAGAGUUUGAUUUUCCUCAGAUACUUCUAGAAGAGACUGACUAACAUUGGCAUAAUUGAGGCAUAAUGCUUUUGUCGAUUGUGCAUGGGCAGACCACCUCGUACCGGAAAGAGAUUAGAGGGUUUCAAUUCGACUGUUUUCAUUUUUUUGUAAACCUGAUAUUACAAUCUGCCACCACCAAGUGGAUUUGGAGCAAAAGUUAAAUAUUGACUGCACAAACGUGAAAAACGAAUGUCUCAAGGCAGCAGUUCACAGUAUUUACCCCAACCAAAUUCAGAGUAUGAGCAGCGCAAGGCACCCACUCUGCCAAUUGGUUGAUCUCUCGUAUGCUUGAUUGCAGGGCUUUGUUUAUUUUUUUAUUACCUUUAUUUAACUAGGCAAGUCAGUUAAGAACAAAUUCAUAUUUACAAUGACGCCUACACCGGCCAAACCCGGACGACGCUGGGCCAAUUGUGCGCCGCCCUAUGGGACUCCCAAUCACGGCCGGUUGUGAUACAGCCUGGAAUCGAACCAGGGGGUCUUUAGUGACGCCUCAAACACUGAGAUGCAGUGCCUUAGACCGCUGCGCCACUCGGGAGUCCUUUUGUGUCUUAGUGUUGUACAGAAAAAGAACCAGUCAGUUUGGGUAUUUUUGGUUUAAGUUCUUGGUCCUGCUGUUUUCUUAUCUGUAGUCUUCUUUUCGGGGCCCCACACAGGCCACUCACUUUUUCCCACCAUUUUCAGUAGGCAGGCUAGCUAGCAAGAUUUUGUAACCACGUUACAUCGCAUACAUGUCAUGCCAUAUAUAGUAACACAUGACUCAUGCCAUAUAUGGUAACACAUGACUCACACAAUUGACCAGUUGCAUUUAUUUAUUAUGCAGUUGAUUUAUUUUAAUUUUUUAUUCAUCAGUUACCCAAUCAAGGCAGAGCCCCCCCAGUUAUCCACGUGGACCCCCUACCUCCUCUCCUCCCCCAUCUGAUGAUUAGCGGAGCGGCAGCAGGCAACAGCAGGCUGUCUACACUAAUUGAGAGCGGACUGCUGAGUCCUCCUGUAGUUGGUGGUUGCAGUAAAAAAAUGAUAUAUAUACAGCUGUGGGAAAAAUUAAGAGACCACUGCAAAAUUAUCAGUUUCUCUGGUUUUACUAUUUAUAGGUAUGGGUUUGGGUAAAAAUAACAUUUUUGUUUUAUUCUAUAAACUACUGACAACAUUUCUCCCAAAUUCCAAAUAAUAGUAUUGUCAUUUAGAGAUUUUAUUUACAGAAAAUGACAACUGGUCAAAAUAACAAAAAAGAUGCAGUGUUGUCAGACCUCGAAUAAUGCAAAGAAAAUAAGUUAAUGUUCAUUUUUAAACAACACAAUACUAAUGUUUUAACUAAGGAAGAGUUCAGAAAUCAGUAUUUGGUGGAAUAACCCUGAUUUUCAAUCACAGCUUUUAUGCAUCUUGGCAUGCUCUCCACCAGUCUUUCACAUUGAUGUUGGGUGACUUUAUGCCACUCCUGGUGCAAAAAUUCAAGCAGCUCGGCUUUGUUUGAUUGCUUGUGACCAUCUAUCUUCCUCUUGAUCACAUUCCAGAAGUUUUCAAUGGGGUUCAGGUCUGGAGAUUGGGCUGGCCAUGACAGGGUCUUGAUCUGGUGGUCCUCCAUCCACACCUUGAUUGACCUGGCUGUGUGGCAUGGCGCAUUGUCCUGCUGGAAAAACCAAUCCUCAGAGUUGGGGAACAAUGUCAGAGCAAAAGGAAGCAAGUUUUCUUCCAGAACAACCUUGUACGUGGCUUGAUUCAUGCGUACUUCACAAAGACAAAUCUGCCCGAUUCCAGCCUUGCUGAAGCACCCCCAGAUCAUCACCGAUCCUCCACCAAAUUUCACAGUGGGUGCGAGACACUAUGGCUUGUAGGCCUCUCCAGUUCUCCGUCUAACCAUUAGACGACCAGGUGUUGGGCAAAGCUGAAAAUUGGACUCAUCAGAGAAGAUUACCUUACUCCAGUCCUCUACGGUCCAAUCCUUAUGGUCUUUUGCAAACCUAAGCCUGGCUCUUCUUUGCUUCUCAUUGAUGAAGGGCUGCCCCUAGGAACCUGUUUCGAACCAUCCUCGCCGUGCACUUCACCCCAGCUGCCGUUUGCCAUUCUUUUUGUAGGUCACUUGAUGUCAUCCUACGGUUGUCGAGUGACAUUCGAAUGAGUUGGCGGUCAUCCCGGUCAGUAGAGAGUCGUUUUCGCCCUCUGCCGGUCUGUAGCUUUGUUGUCCCCAAUGUCUGCUGCUUGACCUUGUUCUUAUGAACCGCCGUCUUUGAAAUUUUAAGGAUGCAAACAACCUGACGCUCACUGUACCCCUCUGCCAGUAAAGCCAGAAUUGAACCCUUCUUUUCCUCACUCAAAACUUUCCUUUUCAACUCUUUUGGCAUGGUCAGUAGUUAUUUUUUGAUUAAUAUUACUUUUGAGGUACUAUUAGCACUGUUUUUGCCAUCCAGCUGGGCCUAUUGCAAGAGGAUAGUGAUGACCACAGCAGUGGUUUUUAUACUUUUCCUCGUUAAAUAAGAUUUGGUUCAGGUGAUCACCUAAUUCAGUAGAAUGAGGUGUGCCUGGGUUGGAAUUCAACAGACACUGGAAUGGAAUGGCUUUCAUACAUGUAGAGAUGCUGAUUUAAGAAAAAUGUGCAGUGGUCUCUUAAUUUUUUCCACAGCUGUAUAUACUACAUACAGUGGGGGGGAAAAAAGUAUUUAAGUUCUCCCACUUAAAAAGAUGAGGCCUGUAAUUUUCAUCAUAGGUACACGUCAACUAUGACAGACAAAAUGAGAAAAAAAUAUCCAGAAAAUCACAUUGUAGGAUUUUUUUAUGAAUUUAUUUGCAAAUUAUGGUGGAAAAUAAGUAUUUGGUCAAUAACAAAAGUUUCUCAAUACUUUGUUAUAUACCCUUUGUUGGCAAUGACACAGGUCAAACGUUUUCUGUAAGUCUUCACAAGGUUUUCACACACUGUUGCUGGUAUUUUGGCCCAUUCCUCCAUGCAGAUCUCCUCUAGAGCAGUGAUGUUUUGGGGCUGUCGCUGGGCAACACGGACUUUCGACUCCCUCCAAAGAUUUUCUAUGGGGUUGAGAUCUGGAGACUGGCUAGGCCACUCCAGGACCUUGAAAUGCUUCUUACGAAGCCACUCCUUCGUUGCCCGGGCAGUGUGUUUGGGAUCAUUGUCAUGCUGAAAGACCCAGCCACGUUUCAUCUUCAAUGCCCUUGCUGAUGGAAGGAGGUUUUCACUCAAAAUCUCACGAUACAUGGCCCCAUUCAUUCUUUCCUUUACACGGAUCAGUCGUCCUGGUCCCUUUGCAGAAAAACAGCCCCAAAGCAUGAUGUUUCCACCCCCAUGCUUCACAGUAGGUAUGGUGUUCUUUGGAUGCAACUCAGCAUUCUUUGUCCUCCAAACACGACGAGUUGAGUUUUUACCAAAAAGUUCUAUUUUGGUUUCAUCUGACCAUAUGACAUUCUCCCAAUCCUCUUCUGGAUCAUCCAAAUGCACUCUAGCAAACUUCAGACGGGCCUGGACAUGUACUGGCUUAAGCAGGGGGACACGUCUGGCACUGCAGAAUUUGAGUCCCUGGCGGCGUAGUGUGUUACUGAUGGUAGGCUUUGUUACUUUGGUCCCAGCUCUCUGCAGGUCAUUCACUAGGUCCUCCCGUGUGGUUCUGGGAUUUUUCUCACCGUUCUUUGGAUCAUUUUGACCCCACGGGGUGAGAUCUUGCGUGGAGCCCCAGAUCGAGGGAGAUUAUCAGUGGUCUUGUAUGUCUUCCAUUUCCUAAUAAUUGCUCCCACAGUUGAUUUCUUCAAACCAAGCUGCUUACCUAUUGCAGAUUCAGUCUUCCCAGCCUGGUGCAGGUCUACAAUUUUGUUUCUGGUGUCCUUUGACAGCUCUUUGGUCUUGGCCAUAGUGGAGUUUGGAGUGUGACUGUUUGAGGUUGUGGACAGGUGUCUUUUAUACUGAUAACAAGUUCAAACAGGUGCCAUUAAUACAGGUAACGCGUGGAGGACAGAGGAGCCUCUUAAAGAAGAAGUUACAGGUCUGUGAGAGCCAGAAAUCUUGCUUGUUUGUAGGUGACCAAAUACUUAUGGUGGAAAAUAAUUUGCAAAUAAAUUCAUUUAAAAUCCUACUGUGAUUUUCUGGGGAAAAAAAUCUCAAUUUGUCUGUCAUCGUUGACGUGUACCUAUGAUGAAAAUUACAGGCCUCUCUCAUCUUUUUAAGUGGGAGAACUUGCACAAUUGGUGGCUGACUAAAUACUUUUUUCCCCACUGUAUAUUAGAUUUAUUUUACUUUUGACUUCUUCUUUUUUUUGCUGCCUCUUUGGCCCCCCAUGGGCUUCAGCCCCGGAAAGCCCCUGCAUUAAGCCGGCCCUGCUCACAGUAUGAUCUUUGCUUUUGAGGUUUAUUUUUACAGUCUAUGGCUCGAGGACACUGCGCAGACACAGUGAUCUGAGCUAUCUGAUUGGCCGGCAGUAAGCCUGUAGGUGCGCUUGAUUUGUUAGUUCUACCUUCAGACAUGAAAUGGUUCAAAAUGGGAACACUGCCUUCCCAGCGCUAGGGCUGCUGAAUCAAGUGCAACCACCUACAACAGCGUGAAACUAAUAAGAAAAUAGGAACGCAAGGCUUUAUCGUUGGGUUUUUUACAGAAAGGUUUGGUGAUCGACUAGGAAUGCCUUGGAGAGCGACCAGUUGAUCGCAAUCGACUGGUUGGUGACCACUGAUGUAAAGAGAGGCUUUGAUGCUACUGGUCGGCCAUCUUGGCACUCCCCAGAAGGAGAAGUCCUCCAUAGGAAUGAAUGGAAUUCUACAGUAUUUUUGUUGUAGUGGGGACAGUAACAUAUAAGGAGGAGAGGAGACUCUCAUACAGCCAUAAAGGUUGGCACACUACUAACCCAGCAAACUAUGAAACUGAUGCUGAUCAGUUUUCAGAGUUGUGUUAUUUCUCAAUUUAAUAGAUUUCUGUUGAAUGCAAGCUCUUCAACGUAUCUGAAAGGGUGCUCUUUUGGGUUAAUACCAAAGAUACACACAGGCCUGUAUUUAAUUUGCAUUACAUUUUCAUCAUAUAAUGCUGUGCGAAUGUACUAGCAAGAGUUUUCUUUAAAAAAGUAUGCUAAAUUAAGUUUGUUCAUGAAAGGCCAAAUGAAAAGGCAUCAUCAUCUUUUAACGUAAAGUGGAAAGCAGAGGGCAGUCUUCUGACAGUGCAUCCUUUUCUACAUUUCUUAGGGCUGAAUAACGUGAAGGAGGACCCCAAGUCUGCAGGCAUUGCCACCUUUGUAAUCCAGGAGGAGUUUGACCGCUUCACGGGCUACUGGUGGUCGCCAGCUGCUCCUGAAGGUGACGUCUUCAUGGACGGUUUUUGUGAUGCUUGUCCUUAUGUUUCCUUUCCCUCUACCAGAGAUGUAGCUUUUGACUGAACAGGAACUCCUGAUAUUUCUGGUCUUCCGAAAAUUUGAAAUUAAUGUAUCUUUAUCUUAUUUAAAAUGCAUUAUGAUUUUCAUUAAUAGUUUAAGUUUAGUAAAAAAAUAAGGUUAGUUCAAAAUCUUACUGGAUUAUUGAAGACAAAUUCCACUAGGUUAGACUCUUCAAUCCACUAACACAAAGCACAUUGCCUUUGGGCACAUACUUGCUGUUGAAUAAAACGGCUAACUCAAUAUGUUUCUCUCUUUCUCUUUCAGACCCAGAUGGGGGGAAGACCCUCCAGUUACUGUAUGAGGAGGUGGAUGAGUCAGAGGUGGAGUUAAUUCACGUUCCCUCCCCAGCCCUGGAGGAGCGCAAGGCUGAUGUUUACAGAUACCCCCGCACAGGUCUGCUCUCACCCCCACCCCAAAUUGCCUUUUUUAAAGUAUUAAUAGUACUGAUUCAUAACUUUUUAACAAACUGUAUUGGCUACUAUCUACAUUUUCAUGUGGACUAUUGUGGCUAGGCAGAGUUGGAAUGUAUUUCAGUAACUUGAGCUAUUGAACAGGAGUACCAGACAAGACAUGAUAUCGAAGACGGGUACCUUAUAUCGCCCUCCUCUAAAAAUGUUUAUUUUCAGGGAGUAAGAAUCCUCAAAUUACUUUCAAACUGGCAGAAAUCAGAACCGACCACCUUGGCAGAGUAAGCUCAUCUUCAAAAGUUCUCAUGGUUUUGAACUGUUGGUCUGUCUUCGUAUUCUGUAUGUCUACCUGUAUGUUGCUUUCUGUUCCUGUUUUGUGGUCCUCUAUGUGUUCUGUAUGUCUACCUGUAUGUUGCUUUCUGUUCCUGUUUUGUGGUCCUCUAUGUGUUCUGUAUGUCUACCUGUAUGUUGCUUUCUGUUCCUGUUUGGUGGUCCUCUAUGUGUUCUGUAUGUCUACCUGUAUGUUGCUUUCUGUUCCUGUUUGGUGGUCCUCUAUGUGUUCUGUAUGUUGCUUUCUGUUCCUGUGUUGUGGUCCUCUGUGUUCUGUAUGUCUACCUGUAUGUUGCUUUCUGUUCCUGUUUGGUGGUCCUCUAUGUGUUCUGUAUGUUGCUUUCUGUUCCUGUGUUGUGGUCCUCUGUGUUCUGUAUGUCUACCUGUAUGUUGCUUUCUGUUCCUGUUUGGUGGUCCCCUAUGUGUUCUGUAUGUUGCUUUCUGUUCCUGUGUUGUGGUCUCUGUGUGUUCUGUAUGUUGCUUUCUGUUCCUGUGUUGUGGUCCUCUUGUGUUCUGUAUGUCUACCUGUAUGUUGCUUCUUUUCGUUGGUGGUCCUCUAUGUGUUCUGUAUGUUGCUUUCUGUUCCUGUGUUGUGGUCCUCUGUGUUCUGUAUGUUGCUUUCUGUUCCUGUGUUGUGGUCCUCUGUGUUCUGUAUGUUGCUUUCUGUUCCUGUGUUGUGGUCCUCUGUGUUCUUUGGCUUGUCUGUUGUCUUGGUUCUGUGUUUUGUGGUCCUCUGUGUUCUGUAUGUUGCUUUCUGUUCCUGUGUUGUGGUCCUCUGUUUUCUGAUGUUGCUUCUGUCCUGUGUGUGGUCCUCUGUGUUCUGUAUGUUGCUUUCUGUUCCUGUGUUGGGGUUCUGUAUUGUUCUUUCUGUUCUGUGUUUUUGGUCUCCUGUGUGUUCUGUAUGUUGCUUUCUGUUCCUGUGUUGUGGUCCUCUGUGUGUUCUGUAUGUUGCUUUCUGUUCCUUUGUUGUGGUCCUCUGUGUUCUGUAUGUUGCUUUCUGUUCCUGUGUUGUGGUCCUCUGUGUUCUGUAUGUUGCUUUCUGUUCCUGUGUUGUGGUCCUCUGUGUUCUGUAUGUUGCUUUCUGUUCCUGUGUUGUGGUCCUCUGUGUUCUGUAUGUUGCUUUCUGUUCCUGUGUUGUGGUCCUCUGUGUUCUGUAUGUUGCUUUCUGUUCCUGUGUUGUGGUCCUCUGUGUUCUGUAUGUUGCUUUCUGUUCCUGUGUUGUGGUCCUCUGUGUUCUGUAUGUUGCUUUCUGUUCCUGUGUUGUGGUCCUCUGUGUGUUCUGUAUGUUGCUUUCUGUUCCUGUGUUGUGGUCCUCUGUGUGUUCUGUAUGUUGCUUUCUGUUCCUGUGUUGUGGUCCUCUGUGUUCUGUAUGUUGCUUUCUGUUCCUGUGUUGUGGUCCUCUGUGUUCUGUAUGUUGCUUUCUGUUCCUUUGUUGUGGUCCUCUGUGUUCUGUAUGUCACUCAAUGCCUAUCUGCCUAUUCUUCUGAUUCCUUGUUAUUCAUCAUUAGAUUGUGAGCACCCAGGACAAGGAGCUGGUCCUGCCUUUUACCACUCUGUUCCCUGGGGUAGAGUACAUCGCCCGCGCCGGCUGGACAAAAGACGGCAAAUAGUGAGUUCAAAAGACUGGAACAGACACAACUAAGCGACGCUAUCUAUGCCACGGAAUGGAUUAUAUCUGUGAUGUAAAAGUAUAAUUGUUCUUAUCAUUGAGUAAAGUCCUUAUAAAGAUGAAAACGGCACCAAGCCUUGUGGUUUCAUCUCAUAGAUAUAUAUAUAUAUAUAUAUAUAUAUAUAUAUAUAUAUAUAUAUAUAUAUAUAUAUAUAUAUAUAUAUAUAUAUAUAUAUAUAUAUAUAUAUAUAUAUAUAUAUUUUUUUUUUUUUUUACCAGGUGAGUCAGUUAAGAAUAAAUGUAUAUUUACAAUGACAGCCCGAUCAUGUUACGUAGGUCAACACCACCUGAAGUUCUAUUCCAUUCCACACUCACCAGCAAUCUGGACUAGUCCUCACACCAUUGUGCUACCGGCUGGGCUGAAAUGGCAAGUUACCCACUCCUGGUGGGCGACAGUUGUCUUGAGGUCUCCACCAAGGCAAACGUCACCGCAACCAGAAACCAAUAGCCAAUCAAUCUCCUCUACACAUUAUAUUCCAUCAUGCUCCUGGUUUAAUGCGGGUCGGUUAUCUGUUGAACCGCACCCAUCUCUUCUUUCCAGAGGGGUAUAUCACAGAGCAUGACCAAAAAGUUAGCCAGCUACUGUAACUUUGAUUUGAAAUUCAGAUAUACUGUAACAAAUUAUUUUCCAUUUUAUUUAUUUUUUAUUUUAUUUCACCUUUAUUUAACCAGGUAAACCAGUUGAGAACAAGUUCUCAUUUACAACUACGACCUGGCCAAGAUAAAGCAAAGCAGUGCGAUAAAAACAACAACACAGAGUUACAUAUGGGGUAAAACAAAACAAAGUCAAAAAUACAACAGAAAUACAUAUAAUAUACAGUGUGCAAAUUUAGCAAGUUAUGGAGGUAAGGCAAUAAAAUAGGCUAUAGUGCAAAAUAAUUACAAUUAGUAUUAACACUGGAAUGAUAGAUGUGCAAGAGAUGAUGUGCAAAUAGAGAUACUGGGGUACAAAUGAGCAAAAUAAAUAACAAUAUAGGGAUGAGGUAGUUGGGCGGGCUAAUUUCAGAUGGGCUGUGUACAGGUGCAGUGAUCGGUAAGGUGCUCUGACAACUGAUGCUUAAAGUUAGUGAGGGAGAUAAGUGUCUCCAGCUUCAGAGAUUUUUGCAAUUUGUUCCAGUCAUUGGCAGCAGAGAACUGGAAGGAAUUGCGGCCAAAGGAGGUGUUGGCUUUGGGGAUGACCAGUGAGAUAUACCCGCUGGAGCGCAGACUACGGGUGGGUGUUGCUAUGGUGACCAAUGAGCUAAGAUAAGGCGGGGAUUUGCCUAGCAGUGAUUUAUAGAUGGCCUGGAGCCAGUGGGUUUGGCGACGAAUAUGUAGUGAGGACCAGCCAACAAGAGCGUACAGGUCACAGUGGUGGGUAUUAUAUGGGGCUUUGGAGACAAAACGGAUGGCACUGUGAUAGACAACAUCCAAUUUGCUGAGUAGAGUGUUGGAGGCUAUUUUGUAAAUGACAUCGCCGAAGUCAAGGAUCGGUAGGAUAGUCAGUUUUACGAGGAUUUUAAUUAAAAUAGUACAUAUACCCUUUCAAUUUCAAGCCCAUCUUUCUCUACAUGAACUACGAAAUAUGGAAUUUAUAAGGCUAUUUAGGAACGUUAGCCAGCUAAUUAUUUGAUCCUGUCUUGUAACAUAACCCACUGCUUCUCUGUGCAGUGCAUGGGCAGUGCUGCUGGACAGGAGUCAACAGAGGCUCCAGUUGGUCCUGCUUCCCCCGGCCCUGUUCAUCCCUGUAACCCAGGACCAGGCCCAACGAGAGGAGAGCGUGGAGGCUGUGCCAGAGGGGGUCCACCCCUUCAUCAUCUAUGAGGAGAUCACCGACAUCUGGAUCAACGUGAGUUAAAAUAACUCUGGCUUUGGCUCUAAGGCCUAGAUUCUGACUUGGAACUCAAUAUGUCAUAGAAAUCAUCCUUACUGCUUGCAGUGCCCUGAUUUGCACAAAGUUGAAGUUACAUGCCUGUGUCGGAUAUGGCUGUUACUUGUACUUGCAAUUUUUUAUUGGUUAGUUAGUAGUCACAUGAAUGUUAAGUUACAAUUCUCUUCCAAUGAUGCAAUUUGAAAUGAAAAUAUUUAGUGUUAACCUUUUGAAACCUGCAAAUGCUUUUUCUUUUAGGGCUCAUAUUAUGUCAAGGCUUUUUCUUUGUUUCAGGUCCAUGACAUCUUUUAUCCUUUCGUUCAAACAAAUGAUGAUGAGAUCACCUUCCUCUGGGCGAACGAGUCCAAAACUGGCUUCUGCCAUUUGUACAAGGUCACCACACUGUUACAACAAGGCUGCUACGAGUGGACCAGAGGCUACACGCAGACAGAGGGUAGCAGAAUACACUUUUCUUUAUACUCUGUUAGAUUUAUGUAUUACUGGUAAAGACUUGAAUAGAGGUGUACCUUCCAAAUCUAUUUCUGAUAAUGUUUUGGUAGGUCAACUCCACAGGAGGCUGCUGAGGGGAGGACGACUGAUAAUAAUGGCUGGAAUGGGUAUCAAAUACAUGGAAACCACAUGUUUGAUACCAUUCCAUUUAUUCCGUUCCAGCCAUUAUUAUGAGCAUGUCCUCCACAGUUAAGGUGCCACCAGCCACAUGUGGUCAACUCAUUUAGUCUACUCGUUGUUCCCUUCAGAGGACUUUAAGUGCCCGAUUAAGGAGGAGGUGACGUUAACCAGUGGGGAGUGGGAGGUGUUGGCCAGACAUGGCUCCAAGGUAAGCCCUAGACACACACCUCUUAUCUAAAUGAAAGCCUGAAGGGUUUUGCCAUUUUAAGGUGGGGAGCACGGAAAUCACCCCAUUUUGGGCCACAGCCCUCUGUCACCGCUCAUCAGCUAUCACAGUAGAAAGGUGAUGAUAUGCAUAAGCAAAACAUCCCAGUCAUAAGAGUUGUUGUCUUCCCUCUCUCCCCCCUCAGAUCUGGGUGAACGAGGCCACCCAGCUGGUGUACUUCCAGGGCACGCGGGACACGCCCCUGGAGCAUCACCUAUACACUGUGAGCUACGACUCCCCGGGGGACAUGGUCAGGCUGACCAAGCAAGGCUUCUCCCACAGCUGCUCCGUAAGCCAGGUAGGUGCUGUCUGGACCAGACCUGCUCUCACACAUCCUUCAGUCUCCAUGUUUCCCAUACCAUACAAACCACAUUACCUAAGUGGCAAGCUCAGGCAUCUUAUUUUUUCCUUGAAAUGAAGCAUGGCGUUUUGGGCUUUUUAGCUUUUUGAGGAUUCAGUUGACCUCACCUGCUGUUAUGUUUCUGCUCUCUCUCUCUGUAGAAUUUUGACAUGUUUGUCAGCCAUUACAGCAACGUCAGCACGCCUCCCUGCGUCCACAUCUACAAGCUGAUAGGCCCAGAGAGUGACCCACUGCACAAAGAGCCAGAGUUCUGGGCCAGCAUGAUGGAGGCCACAGGUGAGUAAGAAGGGAACUAUGGGGGGGGGGGGGGGGGGGGGGGGGGGGGGGGGGGGUCAGUUAGGGCUGGGGAUUGCCAGGGACCUCACGAUACGAUAUAACGAUACUUGGGUGCCGAUACGAUAUGUAUUGCGAUUCGAUAUGCAAUUUUAUUGCGAUUUGAUGUUCCAAACAUAUUCCUCACUAUAUGUCUGCUGCAGAGAGACGAGAGAGCAUGAGAAAAUUAGUUUUGAUCAGUUAUGGAAAUAAAAGUGCUGAAAACAUGUUGGCUCACUAUUUAAAAAGAUGAUGGAAAACAAGCUAUAGGAUGAAAAAUACCAGAGUUUUGGCGCAGGUACAGCCAACUAGCGCUAGCUAAUGCUACCUAGCAAAAAAAAUACAUACAUACAUACAUAUGUGCAUUCGGAAAGUGUUCAGACCCAUUGACUUUUUCCACAUUUUGUUGCGUUACAGCCUUAUUCUAAAAUUGAUUUUUUAAAAUCCUCAUCAAUCUACACACAAUACCCCAUAAUGACAAAGUGAAAACAGGUUUUUAGACGUUUUUGCUCAUUUAUUAAAAAUAAAAAACAGAAAUAUCUUAUUUACAUAAGUAUUCAGACCCUUUGCUAUGAGACUCGAAAUUGAGCUCAGAUGCAUCCUGUUUCCAUUGAUCAUCCUUGAGAUGUUUCUAUAACUUGAUUGGAGUCCACCUGUGGUAAAUUCAAUUGAUUGGACAUGAUUUGGAAAGGAUUGUGUCGAGGCACAAAAAAUGUCUGCAUCAUUCUUAAAUAGAAGAAGUUUGGAACCACCAAGACUCUUCCUAGAGCUGGCCGCCGGGCCAAACUGAGCAAUCGGGGGAGAAGGUCCUUGGUCAGGGUGGUGACCAAGAACCUGAAGGUCACUCUUGACAGAGCUCCAGAGUUCCUCUGUGGAGAUGGGAGAACCUUAGUGAAGGACAACCUUCUCUGCAGCACUCCACCAAUCAGGCCUUUAUGGUGGAGUGGCCAGACGGAAGCCACUCCUCAGUAAAAGGCACAUGACAGCCCGCUUGGAGUUUGCCAAAAGGCACCUGAAGUACUCAGACCAUGAGAAACAAGAUUCUCUGGUCUGAUGAAACCAAGAUUGAACUCUUUUUGGCCUGAAUGCCAAGUGUCAUUUCUGGAGGAAACCUGGCACCACCCCUACGGUCAAGCGUGGUGGCUAGGGCUGUGGCGAAAUUUCGUCAGUGGUGAUUGUCAAGCAAAUAAGCAUAGUGGUGGCAGCAUCAUGCUGUGGGGAUGUUUGUCAGCAGCAGGGACAGGGAGACUAGUCAGGAUUGAGGGAAAGAUGAACGGAGCAAAGUACAGAAAUCCUUGAUGAAAACCUGCUCCAGAGCGCUCAGGACCUCAGACUGGGGCGAAGGUUUACCUACCAACAGGUCAACGACCCUAAGCACACAGCCAAGACACCACAGGAGGUCUGAAUGUUCUUGAGUGGCCCAGCCAGAGCCUGGACUUGAACCUGAUCGAACAUGAGACCUGACAAUAGCUGUGCAGCGACUCUCCCCAUCCAACCUGACAGAGCUUGAGAGGAUCUGCAUAGAAGAAUGGGAGCAACUCCCCAAAUACAGGUGUGCCAAGCUUGUAGCGUCAUACCCAAGAAGACUUGAGGCUGUAAUCGCUGCCAAAGGUGCUUCAACAAAGUACUGAGUAAAGGGUCUGAAUACUUAUUUAAAUGUCAUAUUUCUGUUUUUUUAUUUUAUUAUACGUCUGCAAAAAUUUCUAAACUUGUUUUUGCUUUGUCAUUAUGGGGUAUUGUGUCUGUAGAUUUAUUGAAAAAACAAACAAUUUAAUCCAUUUUAGAAUAAGGCUGUAACGUAACAAAAUGUUAUCUGCAGUUGACCUCGAUAGUGAUAUGCAUUUGACUUCAUAUUAAUGUUGGUGUUAAUGUUAUUUCUCAGGGCGCCCAGGAGAUUACAUUCCACCAGAGAUCUUUAAUUUCCCAGGGAAGUCAGGGUUCCACCUCUACGGCAUGUUGUACAAACCACACAACUUUGUACCUGGCAGGAAGCACCCCACAAUCCUCUUUGUGUAUGGAGGCCCCCAGGUUUGUUCAAUCAAAAUAAUUUUCUUCUGUAAUAUAGUCUGUUUGUGACAGUUGGGAUUUCAAGGCUAGUUAUAAAAAUAUAGAUAUAUGUUAAAGGUUUUAUCUCGUAUGUUUUUAAUGUUGAGGGGGUGGGGGGGUUUGUGUGCUCCAGGUGCAGUUAGUAAAUAACACAUACAAAGGAGUGAAGUACCUGAGGCUGAACACGCUAGCGUCACUAGGCUACGCCGUCGUGGUCAUCGAUGGGAGAGGCUCCUGUCAGAGAGGCCUCAAGUUUGAGGGGGCUCUGAAAAACAAAAUGGUAAACAGUAACACAACUUCACAUCUCUACUAACCAUACACUGGUGUUGUAGGUGUCAGUCUUUUCCCUAGGUUUUUUUUAUUAGCAGCAGUAAAAAACAAUUGCAGUGCGGUGCACCACUGCUAAAUUAAUAUAGGGGAAACACUGAGGUAUUGAAAAAAUUAGAUUUCUGCAUUGCCAGUUUGAUCACUCUGUAUUACCAGAGUUGUGUUCAGUAAGGGACAAUGUAGCAACAUCAAAAAGGGCAUUCUUAUUGGACCAGCCCAGAUAGUACGUCCCCGUUUCACUACGUAAAAAAAAAAGUGUUCUCCUGUUUGGUGCCUUCAUGCCAGUCGUGACAUUCCUUUCCCCGUCUGUGGUUCUCAGGGCCAGGUGGAGAUCGAGGACCAGGUAGAGGGCCUGCAGUACGUGGCCGAAAAGUUCACUUUUGUGGACCUGAGUCGCGUGGCCAUCCACGGCUGGUCUUACGGUGGCUUCCUCUCCCUCAUGGGCCUCGUCCACAGGCCCAACGUCUUCAAGGUGAGGGGAAAGUUCAGUCGUCCGCAGGCCCAACGUCUUCAAGGUGAGGGGAAAGUUCACUUGUCCGCAGGCCCAUCAUCUUCAAGGUGAGGGGAAAGUUCACUCGUCCGCAGGCCCAAUGUCUUCAAGGUGAGGGGAAAGUUCAAAGUCUCCACUGAAAAACUUUAGGGGAUUAUUCUUUGGACUAGGUCAUAACUUCACAUCACAUGCGUUCUGUGUAAAAAAAUUAUUUGUGAUGGAAUGCUGUGUAGCUCUAUGGCCUUGAACCAUGAAGGGGUAGUAAUGUGGCCCAGCCCUGGUUAAGUCAACAAGCUCAAAAUAUUGACUCUAAAACUGAAUGUAACACUUGACUGGGUGUACAUAUGGUUACUCUUCACUCUUAAUCAGUUAACAUUGUAGAAUUACAAUCUCAAGUCAUUUUAGCAUUCAUUUAAAAGCCCGGUUGAUUUGAGCUGUCCUUGUUUGGUCCAGGUGGCCAUAGCGGGCGCCCCUGUGACGGUGUGGAUGGCCUACGACACAGGCUACACGGAGCGCUACAUGGACCUGCCUGAGAACAACCAGCAGGGAUACGAAGCCGGCUCCGUCGCCUUGCACGUAGACAAGCUGCCCAGCGAGUGAGUCAUCACCAUUCAUUACCGUUUACUGUCAACCUCAGGGUGCUUCACAGGCAAUACGUAAAUGCAGCAGUAAAGAGACUCCAAAGUGCAGCUGUGCAGAACUGUCCUGCAGCACUGUUUAUCACUUGUUUUUGGUAUUGUCCUGAUGGGACAGACUUGCUUGCAAUUUAUGUCUCAAUUAGCCUGGUCCCAGAUCUGUUUGUUCUCUAUAGCCAACUCUUAUGACAAUUACCAUAGGAAUUGGCUAUACAGCACGAACAGAUCUGGGACCAGGAUAAGUUUCGAUGCGAGGGGAAAUUAGAUUAGUUUUUAACUUUCCUAGAGAUAAUCUUUUAUAUUUUGUUUUCCUACCCAGGCCUAACCGGUUACUUAUAUUACAUGGAUUCCUUGACGAGAAUGUGCACUUUUUCCACACCAACUUCCUGGUGUCUCAACUGAUCCGUGCGGGGAAGCCAUAUCAGCUACAGGUAGGAGGGCAGUAGGUUUAGUUGUGUACAUUUAAGUCCGUGUAAGAUGGGGCACAACACACACUGUGUUCAUUCAACUUCAUUGUAGAAAUUGGAGAGUGAUGAUGAGAGAAUUGUAUAUGUGCAGUGGAACCUUUUCCCAGGCUUUAGCUGACAUGUUGGUGAAAACAAACAAACACGCACUCACUACAAAGAAGAAAAGUGUGGGACUCAUUUAUUUUUCAAAGCCUCUUUUCAGAGCACAUAAAAAGCAACAUCUUAUAAAUGGUGCUUCCUUGCCGGGGGCUUUCUCUUUCCUCCAUAUCUGAUCCUUUGUCUCCGUCUCUUCAGAUCUACCCCAACGAGAGACACAGCAUCCGCUGCCCAGAGUCUGGAGAGCACUAUGAGAUUAUGCUGCUGCACUUCCUCCAGCAGUACCUCUGA